GAACAUCUAGAUGAAAAAAUCUGACAUGCGCUACGACGUCGACAGAAAAGACAACAUUUAGUCAAUAAUUUUUGGCUCUCUUUACAAAAAUAAACACGAGGUUAAACGCUGGAAAAUGGAAUUGAAGAUGCAACAUGCUAAAGCUCUACUCCUGGAUCUGUCUAUAAGCUGUGUACUGCAUUACAGCACAAAUGUAUUUCUCAAGCAGGAGAGCAAUGUGCCUCUCUUGUUUCUUAUUUGGAUUACAGCUGCUGUGAAGUGGAUAUGUCUCAGGUGUUUUUUGAUCAACAGCUGGAGCGAGACAACCGUGCGUAACUGCGUCGCUGUCUCGUGCCUGAUGUGCCCAGUGUAUGAAAGCGGACUGACGAUCUUCAUGAACGCGCAGCCGGAAAAUUGGAGCGGGUGUUUGCCUUGCCCAGGAAAAACUAUCAUUGCUACAGCAGCAGCGCUUAUCGCUUGUUUAUUUUGGGAAGCCAGUUUUUCGGACACGAAAAGCAACAAUGAGAGUGCAGAAUGCGCGGAGACGAAACAGCGAAACCGGGCGCACUUCAUGCGAGUGGUGCGUUAUUCAAAGCCCGAUGUGCUCUUACUGACAGGAGCAUUUGUGUUUCUUUCGCUUGCUGUUAUCUGUGACAUGUUUAUCCCGUUUUACACGGGAAAGGUAAUAGACAUCCUGGGUGAACACUACCAACCCAACAGCUUGAUGUCAGCAAUCUUUCUCAUGGGUCUCCUCUCAAUGGGCAGUUCGUUGUCCUCUGGGUUGCGUGGAGGUCUCUUCAUGUGCACUUUAUCCAGACUAAACAAGAGAGUUCGUCUCAUGCUUUUUCACGCUUUGGUCAAACAGGAGAUUGGAUUUUUUGAGGAUAAAAAGACAGGGGACUUGACAUCACGUUUGUCCACUGACACCAGGCUAAUGAGUCAAUCAGUGGCGAUGAAUGUGAACAUCCUCCUGCGCAGCUUGAUCAAGAGUGUGGGCGUCCUGUAUCUGAUGGUCAGCCUGUCAUGGAAACUCACCCUGCUUACUUUCAUCGAAGCUCCACUGAUUGCCAUUACACAAAAGAUUUACAACACACACUAUGAGCAAUUAUCAAAAGACGUUCAGGACUCUGUAGCCAGAGCCAAUGAGACAGCAGGAGAGGCAGUGGCAGGGAUAAGGACCGUACGCAGUUUCCACAUGGAGCUUGGUGAAGCUCAUCGAUAUGAUGACCGAUUGAUUGAUACUCACAACCUGAAGACUCGCAGAGACACCGUGAGAGCGGUCUACCUACUGGUGCGACGGUUACUGUCAUUAGGAAUUCAAGUUCUGAUGCUGUGUUAUGGUCGUCAGCUCAUCAAAUCAGGAAACAUGAGUACAGGCAACCUUGUGUCCUUCAUUCUGUACCAGGGUAACUUUGGAGAUUAUAUCAGGUCACUUGUCUACAUGUACUCCAACAUGCUGAAUUCUGUGGGGGCAGCCGCCAAAGUUUUUGAAUAUUUAGACAGAAAGCCACAAGUGAGCAUGGAUGGAAGUCUUCAGCCUGACACCUUGGCUGGCCAAAUUCAUUUUAACAACAUCACCUUCUUCUACCCAACUCGACCUGAUCAACCAGCCCUAAAGAACUUCACUUUGGAGUUAAAGCCAGGUCAGAUGACUGCUCUUGUGGGGAUGUCAGGUGGAGGAAAGAGCACAUGUGUGAGUCUCCUGGAGAGAUUUUACCAGCCUCAGCAGGGACAGAUUCAGUUAGAUGGACAACCAAUACAAAACUACCAGCACAAAUAUCUGCACAAGAAGGUAGCCAUGGUGGGUCAGGAACCCGUGCUUUUUUCUGGCUCCAUCAGGGACAACAUAGCUUACGGGUUGACUGAUUGUGAUCAGAAAAAGGUGGAGCAUGCAGCUAGAGAAGCGAAUGCCCAUGAAUUCAUCUGUAAACUAGAAAAAAGAUAUGACACAGAUGUUGGAGAGCGUGGUUGUCUUCUCUCUGGGGGUCAGAAGCAGCGCAUUGCUAUCGCCAGAGCUCUGAUCAGACAACCUCAGGUCCUCAUACUGGAUGAGGUCACCAGCUGUCUGGACACUGAGAGUGAACGCAUGGUUCAACAUGCUCUUGCCCAGCGACCCAACCAUACUUUACUGGUGAUUGCUCACAGGCUAAAAACAAUUGAAAGGGCAGAUAAGAUCAUUUUGAUUGACAGCGGGGAGGUUGUGGAGCAGGGGACCCACCAGGAGCUGAUGUAGAAGAAAGGAAAUUACUAUAAACUGCGAGAGAGGCUCUUUGCUGAGGAAAAGGAAGCUGAUGAGAAAGAGAUGUAGCAAGAAUAAGGUCCCUUAAGCAUUUUCUACAACAAAUUACAGUCUAUAAAAAUAGGCAGCUUAUUCACAAUCAAACAGCAUUUGUUUCCUUUACGUUCAUAUGAAUCAUGCUUUUUGAUGGUUCUGCAUGAUUUUAACAAUCUACAAGUAAAAAAAUGAUGUCUCACUGGAACUUUAGUAGGUUAGUGUAGGAAAAGGCAAAAAGCAUAAAAUAACAACACAACGAUACAUGUCAAAGUGGAGUUCUCUGUACUGCAUCAUGUCAGUUUGACAAAUAUGUACUGUAUAUUCUUAAUAAAUACAUAUAUAUAUA